CCGUGUCCUGUCCGUAUGAUUAAAGUUGUUCCGUUUUGUAAUGAGCUCAGUUCCAAGUUCCAACCUCCACAUGCAAUCUCAUUGUCCAAACAAUAAUAGAUUUCAAUUACUUCAAAACUUUGUCAACCGUUAAUCACUUUCUUACCAUAUAAGAAAGAUACAAAUCUGGUAAUAUGAAAAGUUUGGAGAUUUUUGAGUAUUCCGUUGACUGAGAAGUGAAGAGUUGCAGUUGAAGCAAAAGGGUUUUUUUGUUUUGGAAGGAAGAUGGAAGAAGAAGAUAAGAUUGAAGAAGGCAGUGUGAGAUUGUUGGGUUGUAACAGUGGUGGUGAGUCGAGAUGGGUUGAUGGGAGUGAAGUGGAGUCAGAGUCACCACCGUGGUCUGUGCUGCAACCAGACGGUGGAUCAGGAGAUGGGUAUGGAUCCAUGAGGAGGCGCCUUGCGAAGAGGCCCAACAGAUUGGAUUCUUUGGAUGUUGAAGCCAUGGAGAUUGCUUCUGCGCAUGGCUACCACUCUAAAGAUUCUUCAAAUUGGCACAUUAUUGCUUUAGCAUUUCAAACACUUGGUGUGGUGUAUGGUGACAUGGGCACAAGCCCUUUAUAUGUCUUCAGUGAUGUAUUCAGAAAAGUGCCCAUCGAGUCAGAAGUCGAUAUCUUGGGGGCCUUAUCUCUAGUGAUGUACACAAUUACUCUUAUUCCUUUAGCAAAAUACGUUUUUGUGGUGCUCAAAGCCAAUGAUAAUGGAGAAGGAGGGACAUUUGCUCUGUACUCACUGAUUUGCAGGUAUGCCAAGGUCAGUAUGCUGCCAAAUCGUCAGACAGCUGAUGAACAGAUAUCAAGUUUUAAGCUUAAACUGCCCACCCCGGAACUGGAAAGGGCUUUAAAUAUAAAAGAGACUUUGGAAAGCAGAUCUUCCUUGAAAACCAUUCUAUUGCUUUUGGUUCUGAUGGGAACUUCCAUGAUUAUAGGAGAUGGAAUUCUUACUCCUGCAAUUUCAGUGAUGUCCGCCGUGAGUGGUCUACAUGGUGAAAUACGAGGAAUUGAUACAAAUUUUGUUGUCCUUGUUUCAAUCAUACUCCUUGUGGGAUUGUUCAGCAUACAGCAGUUUGGGACUGGAAAAGUGGGUUUCAUGUUUGCUCCUAUAAUUGCUUUGUGGUUCUUCUCAUUGGGAUCUAUUGGUUUUUACAACAUAGUGAAGUAUGAUCUUACCGUCGUAAGGGCAUUCAAUCCAGCUUAUAUCUAUCUCUUUUUCAAGAAGAACAGCAAAUAUGCUUGGUCAGCUCUUGGUGGCUGCGUGCUGUGCAUUACAGUUGAAGCAAAAGGGUUUUUUUGUUUUGGAAGGAAGAUGGAAGAAGAAGAUAAGAUUGAAGAAGGCAGUGUGAGAUUGUUGGGUUGUAACAGUGGUGGUGAGUCGAGAUGGGUUGAUGGGAGUGAAGUGGAGUCAGAGUCACCACCGUGGUCUGUGCUGCAACCAGACGGUGGAUCAGGAGAUGGGUAUGGAUCCAUGAGGAGGCGCCUUGCGAAGAGGCCCAACAGAUUGGAUUCUUUGGAUGUUGAAGCCAUGGAGAUUGCUUCUGCGCAUGGCUACCACUCUAAAGAUUCUUCAAAUUGGCACAUUAUUGCUUUAGCAUUUCAAACACUUGGUGUGGUGUAUGGUGACAUGGGCACAAGCCCUUUAUAUGUCUUCAGUGAUGUAUUCAGAAAAGUGCCCAUCGAGUCAGAAGUCGAUAUCUUGGGGGCCUUAUCUCUAGUGAUGUACACAAUUACUCUUAUUCCUUUAGCAAAAUACGUUUUUGUGGUGCUCAAAGCCAAUGAUAAUGGAGAAGGAGGGACAUUUGCUCUGUACUCACUGAUUUGCAGGUAUGCCAAGGUCAGUAUGCUGCCAAAUCGUCAGACAGCUGAUGAACAGAUAUCAAGUUUUAAGCUUAAACUGCCCACCCCGGAACUGGAAAGGGCUUUAAAUAUAAAAGAGACUUUGGAAAGCAGAUCUUCCUUGAAAACCAUUCUAUUGCUUUUGGUUCUGAUGGGAACUUCCAUGAUUAUAGGAGAUGGAAUUCUUACUCCUGCAAUUUCAGUGAUGUCCGCCGUGAGUGGUCUACAUGGUGAAAUACGAGGAAUUGAUACAAAUUUUGUUGUCCUUGUUUCAAUCAUACUCCUUGUGGGAUUGUUCAGCAUACAGCAGUUUGGGACUGGAAAAGUGGGUUUCAUGUUUGCUCCUAUAAUUGCUUUGUGGUUCUUCUCAUUGGGAUCUAUUGGUUUUUACAACAUAGUGAAGUAUGAUCUUACCGUCGUAAGGGCAUUCAAUCCAGCUUAUAUCUAUCUCUUUUUCAAGAAGAACAGCAAAUAUGCUUGGUCAGCUCUUGGUGGCUGCGUGCUGUGCAUUACAGGAGCUGAAGCAAUGUUUGCUGAUCUAGGCCAUUUCUCAGUACGAUCCAUACAGAUUGCUUUUACCUGUGUUGUAUUCCCCUGUCUCCUCUUAGCUUAUAUGGGCCAAGCUGCAUAUCUCAUGAAAUACCCUAAUUCUGCUGAAAGAAUAUUCUAUGAUUCUGUACCAGAUAGUCUUUUCUGGCCAGUCUUCAUAAUAGCCACAGUUGCUGCCAUGAUUGCCAGCCAAGCAAUGAUAUCUGCUACAUUCUCAUGUGUCAAGCAAUCAAUGGCUCUUGGAUGCUUCCCAAGGAUGAAGAUAGUUCACACCUCAAAGAAGCUAAUGGGUCAAAUUUAUGUCCCCGUAAUCAAUUGGUUUUUAAUGAUCAUGUGCAUCAUUGUAGUUUCUAUUUUCCGGAGUACUACAGAUAUCGCCAAUGCAUAUGGCAUAGCUGAAGUUGGUGUCAUGAUAGUGACCACCACCUUGGUGACAAUUGUGAUGCUUCUAAUCUGGCAGACCAACUUAAUUCUGGUGUUGUGUUUCCCACUUGUAUUUGGUACAAUAGAGCUUAUCUAUUUGUCCGCAGUUCUAUCAAAAAUCAAAGAGGGUGGUUGGCUUCCCCUUGUUUUUGCUUCUUGCUUUCUCUGUGUGAUGUACAUUUGGAACUAUGGUAGUGUGUUGAAAUACCAGAGUGAGGUCAGGGAAAAGAUAUCAAUGGACUUGUUGCUUGAUCUUGGCUCCACCCUUGGAACUGCAAGAGUCCCAGGUAUUGGGCUGCUAUAUAACGAGCUUGUCCAAGGUAUUCCCUCAAUUUUUGGGCAGUUCUUGCUUAGCCUCCCAGCUAUCCACUCUACUAUAGUGUUUGUUUGUAUCAAAUAUGUCCCAGUCCCAGUGGUGCCUCUUGAGGAAAGGUUUCUGUUUCGAAGAGUUGGCCCAAAAGACUACCAUAUGUUCCGCUGUGUAGCUAGAUAUGGUUACAAAGAUGUCCGGAAGGAAGAUCACCAUGCAUUUGAGCAACUUUUAGUUCAAAGUCUCGAGAAGUUUCUAAGAAGAGAGGCUCAAGAUCUGGCCCUGGAGAGAAAUUUAUUUGAGCCAGACUUGGACAGUGCUUCUGUGAGCUCGAUGGAUCAUGAAGUACUGGGUGGUUAUGGGAAUGAGGAGCUUGGGAUUCCACUGAUGCAUGAUAGGAGAUCCGAAGCAGGAACUUAUGCCUCAUCAGAUAUUGUCUCAGAAUUACCAUCUAGUGUCAUGCCUUCAGAAGAAGACCCGAGUUUAGAAUAUGAGCUUUCAGCUCUUCGAGAAGCAAUGGAUUCGGGAUUUACAUAUUUGCUUGCACAUGGUGAUGUGAGAGCGAAAAAGAACUCAUUUUUCUUCAAGAAACUAGUUAUAAACUACUUCUACGCAUUUUUAAGAAGGAACUGCAGAGCAGGUGCUGCAAAUAUGAGUGUACCUCACAUGAAUAUCCUGCAAGUUGGGAUGACAUAUAUGGUCUAAAACUCUUGAUUUGUUUGCCAUCUGAUGGAAUCUCUCCAUCUUAUUGAUAUAUUCAUUACAUUGGCUGCCUAUUUGAAGCUCUA